UGGCCGGAAAUCUGGACCAAUCUGGCAACACUGGCUGAGCCCUCAGUACUGAACAGAGCUGCUCGUGCCAACGCCCGGCUUUACACGGGGCUUUAACAGAGACACAAACGGACUGUGGUGUCUGAAAUCGAGUCGAACAACAGAGAGUCGAACAACGGAGAGAUGCAGACCAUCAAGUGUGUUGUUGUUGGGGAUGGAGCGGUGGGAAAAACAUGCCUAUUGAUCUCAUACACCACCAACAAAUUCCCCUCUGAAUAUGUGCCGACUGUUUUUGACAACUAUGCAGUAACUGUUAUGAUUGGGGGUGAACCGUACACCCUGGGUUUAUUUGAUACAGCAGGUCAGGAGGAUUACGACAGGUUAAGGCCUUUAAGCUACCCGCAGACUGAUGUCUUCCUAGUUUGUUUCUCGGUUGUUUCACCUUCUUCGUUUGAAAACGUAAAAGAAAAAUGGGUCCCUGAGAUAACUCACCACUGUCCCAAGACUCCCUUUCUGCUGGUGGGCACUCAGAUCGACCUGAGGGAUGACCCGUCCACCGUGGAGAAGCUCGCCAAGAACAAGCAGAAGCCCAUCACCCCGGAGACGGCGGAGAAGCUUGCUCGCGACCUCAAGGCCGUCAAAUACGUGGAGUGUUCCGCCCUGACGCAGAAAGGAUUAAAGAAUGUGUUUGAUGAGGCCAUACUGGCCGCUCUGGAACCCCCUGAACCUAAGAAAAGACGUAAAUGUAUACUACUUUGAAAUCUCUCCGGGACUCUUCCACCUCCUAGCUUUCAAACCCAAAAUGAAAAAUGUUGAAAGAAAUUCCAGAGCAAAACCCUCAUUCUAAUACGUUUAUAGAUUGAGUUGCAAGUCCUGAUAUGUUGGGGACUAUAUUAUUCCAUGAUUGUUUUUAUUUGAAGAUUCAAUACUGCGUUAUAUAUAUGAUAGACUUAACAGUUUUGUGAUCCAAACACUGGAUACUAUUUACUGAGCUUAGUGUGUUCAACAUGAGGGCCGACCACAUGUUAACCGGUGCACAUUCACGGAGACUACACAACAGUGGAGACCCACUGUUAUGUAAAAAUGUGUUUACUCAAGAGCCAUCCUUACGCAAAUACCACACAUACAAAAAUGUUAAUGACAGUUUGCCUGCAGUGUAGGCUCUUGGCUCCUGUCUCACACCUUAUUUAUAACCAUGUUCUCUAUCCUCGUCAAGAAAGGCCCUCAUCACAUUCUAGUGCUCACUGCCACCAUUCAUCUAUCAAAAUUGUCAUGUGUGUUACAUUAUUUUUACAUUUAUGAAAUCCAACAUUGUAUCACUGUCCCAUUGUGUGAAAUGAUCAUACUAGAAAUACCAUAAUUUAAAAGAUGGCUCAAACUUAAAACUUACAAGAGUAGGACAUAUCUUGGUAACAUCAGAGCUGAUUAUAUUAACAUUGCUAAAUGUUGUUAAAUAUGAACUAUUUGAAAGUUUACACAUGAAUGGAAUAUAGUUCAUGUAUUAUUUGGCAUGGUAAUCGAUGUCAGAGAGAUAGCAGCCCUGAUAUCCAGUCAAAGGUGGCAUCAAAUCAUGGGAAGUGAAGCUUCAAACGAGUGAACAAAAAAUGUUUACCUUGCUGUACAUAUGACUGUUUGAUUUUUAUAUUGUAUCUAAAUGACUACUGUAAUCUGCUUGUGAACAACUGACCACAAUAAAACCAGUAUUACUUUAAACCCC